CUCACCAAGUAAACCAUUUUCCAGCCCUCUCUCUCUCUAAGGAAAAUCAAACCCAAAAUGACUCCUGAUCUGGUAACCGCAACCACCAUGUCAACCACAACCGGUCUAGGCAAAACGGCGAGCUUGACGAGCCAAGCUUACGUGACGUUUUUAGCCGGAGACGGUGACUACGUGAAGGGUGUGGUGGGGCUGGUUAAGGGGUUGAGGAAGGUGAAGAGUGCGUGCCCACUAGUGGUGGCGAUCUUGCCGGACGUGCCGGAGGAGCACCGCCGUAUGCUGGUGGCGCAAGGGUGUAUAGUCCGUGAGAUCGAACCGGUUUACCCACCUGAGAACCAGACCCAAUUCGCUAUGCCCUAUUAUGUCAUCAACUACUCCAAACUUCGCAUUUGGGAGUUUGUGGAGUACCACAAGAUGAUCUACUUGGAUGGAGAUAUUCAAGUGUAUGACAACAUCGAUCACCUCUUCGACAUGCCAAAUGGUUACUUCUAUGCAGUUAUGGAUUGUUUUUGUGAGAAGACAUGGUCUCACACUCCACAGUACAAAAUUGGGUAUUGUCAACAAUGCCCAAAUAAGGUCCAGUGGCCUGCAGAGUUGGGUCCCAAACCUGCUUUUUACUUCAAUGCUGGCAUGUUUGUUUAUGAGCCCAAUCUCUCUAUCUAUGAUGACCUCUUGAAGACCCUCAAAAUUACCCCUCCUACCCCUUUUGCAGAGCAGGACUUUUUGAACAUGUUCUUUAGGAAAAUUUACAAGCCUAUUCCACCAGUGUACAACCUUGUUUUGGCCUUGAUGUGGCGUCACCCAGAGAACAUUGAGCUUGAUAAGGUGAAAGUUGUUCACUACUGUGCUGCGGGAUCAAAGCCAUGGAGGUAUACUGGCAAAGAAGCCAAUAUGGAUAGAGAAGACAUUAAGAUGUUAGUGAAGAAGUGGUGGAACAUAUAUAACGACGAGUCAUUGGAUUAUAAGAGAAUUGACAUAUCAAUUGCUGACAGUGACACUGACAAAAUAAUGGUGGCAUUGGCAGAGGCUGGUGGUGUUAGUUUCAUUACCUCCAUUGCCGCCCCAUCCGCUGCCUAACAUGUUUUGUAAUUUUUGAUUGUUUAUAUAUGCAAUUAUAGCUAAACAAAAGGGUGUUUUUUUUUUUUCUUUGGAAGUUGGUCUUCCUUGAAGUGAAGAUUCUACUAAUUCAGGGAGAUAAGUUUGUUUCUGGGUUUAUGUUUAAUUUGUAUUUAGUUGGGUAUGCGUAAGUAUUUUGAAAUAUAUAAAAUGUUAUUUACAUAUUAUACAU